AUGGAUCCGUCCAGGAGGAGCGAGAGCGACUGGCAGGGUCUGCUGAACGAGGUGAGGGAGGAAAAUACAGGAGUCACUAACCUCCACUCAGCCUGUGCACCACACAAGAAAUGACAAAUAAGCAGGAAAAUCUGAGUUAUUUCACACUGUUUCACCUAAGAUUGUCGACUGACUGCAGUUUAUAGCCACCGUUGAGUCCAAGCUGUGUUUGUUUCCCUUAGUUUACAGGAAAUAAUGACGAGGAAAUAGUGUUGUUUUUGUUUUUUACCUGUGCAUUAUCCUGGUACGGUGGCCGAGAACCGCCACUGCUGCAAAUAAAAAAAGAAUGCAAUUUUUAAAAAAAAUUAAUUGUCAGAAGUCACAACAGAAAUUACUGAUGCAAAAAAAAGAAAAGAAACCGAAGCCUGCUGCAAAUAAAAAAAGAAACGGUGCAGAUAAAAAAAAGUCACAAUGGAAGUUAAUGACGCAAAAAAAAAAGUGGUGAUGCAAAAAAAAAAAAAGUUACUUACUGCGAAAAUAAAAGGAUGCAAAUAAAAAAAGCCACAACGGAAGUGAGCUGCCAGGGACCAAUAAUGAUGAUGCACAGGUGUUUUAAGAUCUAGGCACAGAAGACGACAGCGAAAGACGAGCAAACCUCUCUUUUCGGCAUUGUCUUCUUUGUCUAGAUCGUAAAAUCAUUGUGAUAACAUUGUCAAUUAAAGUUCGUAUAAGAAAUUAAUUAGACUGUAGCUCAUGUUGAUUCCUGUUAUUAUUCAGAAUGAGUGACUGGAUUGAUUAUGUUUAUUUUGAUAUUUUUAGUGCUUGAAAUUUGGGUGUGAGGGGCUAGGUGUCAGCCAAGCAGCUGAGGACACAGCCUUAAGUUUACACGUGUCCACAUAAAAUAAUCAGAAUAAAUUAUUUACCAUUAUUUAUCAGAAGUCAGCAGGAUGUUAUUUAUUUAUUCAAUAAUCAAGCCCAAGCAUGAGGAUGAUAAGAUAAGCACACAGGGGCAUAAAAAUGAACACAAACCAAAAGUUUUUCUCAGAAGUUUUAAGAUAAAUAGAUUUCUAUUUAAUGUAAAUAUUAGUGAGACAUGCACUGACUGCACUGUAUCCUUACUGCAUCUCAUUCAGCAAAUAGUCAAGCAUUUUUGAGCCCACCCUGGCCCGGAUCAUAGAGUUUUCUGUAAUGAUGCCUUUCUUAUAUCUUCUCAUGCCAAAUGUGUUUUUUUUCCCUGCAGUUUCUGAUUUGUAAGCGUAAACUGGAAAGUAAGAAGGAAGCUCUCCUGAUUCUGUCUAAAGAGCUGGACACCUGUCAGCAGGAGAGGGAUCAGUACAAACUGAUGGCCAACCAGCUCCGAGAGCGUCACCAAGGACUCAAGAAGAAGUAUAGAGAGCUCAUUGUAAGAAACCUCAGUCAGUGAUGGACUAGUCCUGUGUGUUGGCAGCUAAAUGGAGAAAAAAUAAAUGAUUACCCACUCUGUUUACUCAACAGGAUGGAGAUCCGUCUCUGCCUCCUGAGAAGAGGAAUCAAGUGAGUGAUUUUGAUUUGCUGUCAAUUUUUUUAGGAACUUUUGAAACAUUGAUAGUUUUGAAACUGAAGGUCAAUGAUGAUUUCAGUUUGAUCUUUUUUCUUUUUUUUUUUGUGAAAUUAAGAUGAAAUAUUCAGACAGGAAAAGGAUCGAAGCCUCACCUUAAAGGGAUUUUCCGGCUUGCAGCUGUGAAUGGUUGUCCCACAUAUUUUUGUUGGUAUUGAUUUGAUUAUUUGACCUCAUGUUGUGUCUUUUACAGGUGAAUUUGGCCCAGCUGCUCAGAGACUCCAGAGAGAAGAACAGUCAACUUUCAGAAGAGGUGAAGGAGCUGAAGCAAAGACUGCUGGAGGCUCAGGGUGAUAACAAGGUACAAAGUGGGCCUUCUCAAAAUAAAACAAUCACAGCAACACAGUGUAUCAUAUAUGGAUAUUUGUCUAGGUGGUCCAUUUCGCUCAUCACACUCUGUUUGCUCCACCAGCUUCUACGAAUGACCAUUACCAAACAGCGGCUGGGAGACGACACCGGGCCUCGACACUUUCCUGCACACGAACGAGAAGAUCUGGUCAAACAGUUAGAGAGAGCUGGAGAGCAGGUGAGGACUGUUUGCCACUCCAUUCCUGAGCUGUGUUUUCAAGUCUGGUUGUUUGGCCAAAUAUGUGGAGAAAUAAAUCAAAUGCAUCGUCUGUUGAAUCUGUGUAUGUGUCAAAAAUGUCAGUAAAUUUUGAGUUUAUGAAAAAAGCAAACACUUGGUGGAAUUGGUGGAUGAAAUGCUGUAAGGUUUGCUCACAUAUUGUGUGCUGUGUUGCUGCAGAACGAGGUUCUCGAGCACAGCGUGAAGUCCCUCACAGAUGAGCUGCAGGAUGUUCGAGCAGAGCGCGAUGUGUUUCAGCAGAAGGCGCAUCGUCUCAACGUAGAAAUGAACCAUAUUGUGGGCAACGAUGACAAACGAAUGGUAGACAUAGAUGCACUCUGUAUGGAGAACAGGUUGGUUACAAAAUCAUCUGUACCAGUGUGCACAGUGAUAAUGAACAUCCGCAUUAUGUUGUUUAGAUUUCACAAAAAAUGAACUUAGAGUUAUAAGGAUAUUAUUGUAAUUAUGAGUUUUGAUAUUAUCUAAAAUUGGACUUUUGCUCUAAAUAAUCUUUCAGGUAUUUGCAUGAACGGAUUGGUCAGCUCCAGGAAGAAAUCAACUUGCUGAAAAAGAAUUUGACAAAGUACAAGGUAGCUACAAAUGUAUUAUUACUUUGCUCAAAGCUAAGGGUUGAAAACGUUUAAAGUUUUUCUAACUUCAUCCUCCUCACUGGUUUCAGAGUGCCCUGGGGUGUCGAAAAAACUCAAAGAUCAGUGGGAAAGUGAACAGCAGUGCUCUGACUGGGGUGCUGUCUGCUAAACAAGGUCAGAAAGUUCAUGUUGUUCAGCUCUAAACUCCAGAGACUGUCAAAACAUUUUACACAUGAGUGUCUGUGCUUUAACUUGUGACUCAUCUUGUGUGCGCAGUGAAGGAGUUGUUGCUGUCAGAGGAAAACGGCUGCAGUCUGCCAGUGACUCCACAGUCCAUCUCAGACCUCAAGUCUCUGGCCACAGCUCUGUUGGAAACCAUCCAUGAGAAGAACAUGGUGAUUCAGCACCAACGUCAGAUCAACAGGUACUCCUCAGUCUCUUACUUCAAACAACACAUUUCAGUGAGCUGGGCGGCAGGGAGAUCAUGUGAAUUUGUGACUCUUUUGUUGCCAGGAUUCUUGGGAACAGAGUCGCAGAGCUGGAGAACAAACUAAAAACACUGGAAUUGUCUGGACUGUGGAGCCUGCCAGGUGAACAUCUUAAUGAAUGUUGAUAAAUAUUUUAUCAAAGCAUGAAUGUGUGAGAAUCUUUGCAGAUAUUUAUGAUCUUUUCCUUUGUCUUUUUCUCUCUUGCUUCCUGGAGGCCUGACUUAUAAUGUCUCUUUGGGAAUAUAUGGAAGUAUGUUUGUCUUGUAGUGAUUUCAUCUAUUUAAACACUUUUUCUUUCAUCACUCAGCUGGUUAUAUUUAGACAUUUCUACUCAGUAAAAGAAAUUUAAAGUAAAAGACUUUCAUGAGGGAUAUUCCGGCAUGAAAUUAAUUUAGGGUCAAACACGCCAUAACACCGAGUCAGACACCCCCUUGAGAGAUGAACGUUGCGGACCGCUUGCUUCUCUAGUUAUACGAACUUUAGUAAUGACCAUAAACAAACCAAAACACCACUCUAUAGCCACAAAUAAUGCUCAGAACAGCACCUAACUUCAUCAACAGUACAUACAGGCUCCCAGCCAUGGUACUAGCCACCAAGCAUCUUUUUAGCUUUGACCGAUUUCUUUAGCAAAGAGACUAAACACAACUCACCUCCUCUCUUCCAGCAGCCGCUUGGGCCAGUCCAUUACAGACUACAGCGGGGUGACGCAGCUCAAGGAAGAACAUUUAUGAUAAUUUCUUUAUCAUUUCUUUGAAGUAAUAAUCACCAUAUUAUUACAUAAAUGUUGUUCCUUGAGCUGCGUCCUCCACUGUAGUCUGUAAUGGACUGGCCCAAGCGGCUGCUGGAAGAGAGGAGGUGAGUUGUGUUUAGUCUCUUUGUCAAAGAAUUUAGGAAAAGCUAAAAAGAUGUUUGGUGGCUAGUGCUGUGGUUGGGACCCUAUAUGCACUGUUGAUGAAGUUAGGUGCUGUUCUGAGCAUUAUUUGUGGCUAUAGAGUGGCGUUUUGGUUGAGGUUUGUUUAUGGUUCCUCAGACCGCUGUGUAUUGCUAUCUUACGGUCGUUACUAAAGUUGGUUUAACUAGAGAAGCAAGCAGUCGGCAACAUUCAUCUCUCGAGGGGGUGUCUAACUCGGUGUUACGGUGUGUUUGACCCUAAAUUAAUUUGACGCCGGAAUAUCCCUUUAAUGUACGCUACUUUGAUGAAAGCUCACUGAUAGUAUUUUGUCCUAACAGGAGGGAAAGACUCCAUCAUAUUGAAUCCUCAGGAGCCCGAGUCUACAGAGUCUCCCUCAUGUGAAGGUGAAUGAGACUGUACUUGCUAAGUGUGCACCAUCUGUUGGUCUAUGCGAUAGUGGAAUAACCUAUUAUGACUCUUUUAUUCUUAUAGGUGAUGAAGCAUCUGUAAAAAUAGUGAUUGAUCAGCAGAGCUCAACUCAAGUCUCAAACCAAGAGUGUGGACCUUUAGCUGCGUCAGGUGAUGCAGAGGGACUUGAAGACGAGACCUCAAACCUGAAAACCGAGGAAGACACGUCCAACAAUGAGACCAAAACACCAGACAAGGAGGGGGAAUCUAACACUGGCCAGUCCCAAAGCACAACUUCAACAGCUUUGACGUGUGAUGAGUCAAAAGAUGAGGAGUGUCAGAGUGAUUCCCCUCAACAAUUGACAAAUGUAAACACACAUCAUGCGUCGGGACUCUCCCGUCAAACUUCAGAGGAAUCAGAGGGAGCACAGAUUGAGUUGGAUGGAGCUGAUCAGGUGGAAACUGUCGACAGUGAGUGUUUUGUAAUAGAAGGACACACCAGCAGCAAUGAUUCCCCUGCUGCUGCUGCUGCUACCAGCACUACAGAAGAGCAAGAGGAUGUCGAGCAGAACCAGAAAGCAGAUGGAAGUAAUGGUCCAGAACUUUAA